CUUUUUGCAGUAGCCGGAGCAACUAUCAACAAGUUACAUGCAAGUUAUGAGAGAGUUUGUUGGAAGCUCCUACGCAAGCCCGAUAUACCUAUCGAUCAUGUUUCAACCAAGACAGGCUUCGCUUUCUGGCACGAAGCGCAACAUAUAAAUAACCAACCCACCUACAACUCUCUCUUACAGAGUUCCAAGGUUGGACUCUAGGCCUGGUUAGUUGUCCUGAGCGAUUAGAAAUAUAUUCAUUUCUCAAGGGAUACAAUGCACAACUGGUUUAACCAGCAACCAGAGUACCGGAAUAUCGUUUAUCCAGGCCAUACUUCCGCAUACCUCUAGUUAUCUGUUUUGGGAACGAAGUUUAUGAUGAUAAGUAGUUACUAUGUAUCGACUUUACUUUUAUCUAAGCAUGGAGUUAUCCAUUAACUACCACCCAUCUCACGUGGCACUAACUACUUCUAGCGCUUAACAGAAAGGGCGGGCAGUCCAAGCUGUUUUUGAAUGACGACAUUCUCCAAUGCUCCUUAACGCCCGUGGAUAUCAUUUUUUGAACAAGUAUACAAAAUAAGUAAAGGGACAUCCAUUAGGUCUUCUGCAAUAGAGGACCUGUUGCCAGUAUGGCGCUACAAGAGAAAACCCUCGAGAAUAGCAUUAAGCCUGAACCAAGCAUAACGUCUCACGACUCACGGCCUGUAUUCUUUUUCGAUAUUGAUAACUGUCUCUACUCUAGAAGCAAUAGAAUUCACGACUUGAUGCAAGAACUCAUUGACGACUUCUUCGCCAAGCACCUCUCCCUCGACCCUCAAGAUGCUGUCAUGCUUCACCAGAAGUACUACAGGGAGUACGGCCUCGCGAUCGAAGGCCUAACCAGACACCACAAGAUAAACCCGCUAGAAUUCAACAGCAAAGUCGACGACGCCUUGCCGCUCGACUCAAUCCUAAAACCGGAUCCGCAGCUGCGCUCCCUCCUGCUGGACUUCGACAGCUCCAAGGUGAAGCUGUGGCUCUUCACAAAUGCGUAUUGCACCCAUGGCAAGAGGGUUGUGAGGCUGCUGGGCGUGGAAGAUGUGUUUGAAGGGCUUACCUUUUGCGAUUAUGCGGCGCCGAAGCUGGUUUGUAAGCCUGAGGCGUCCAUGUUUGAGAAGGCGGAGAGGGAGGCGGGGGCGACGGUGGCGGAAGGGUAUUUUUUCAUUGAUGAUUCCGCCCUGAACUGCAGAAGUGCCCAGGCACGUGGUUGGGAAACGGUGCAUUUUGUGGAGCCACAUCUUACUCCACCAGAGGUGCCAGCGUCGAAGUAUCAGAUUCGUCGUCUCGAGAAGCUUCGGGACCUCUUCCCGCAGUUUUUCAAGUCGAGGAAUUCAGCGGCUUAAGGAAGAUUUAUGCAUUCGGGCGUGUUUGGUUUAAAUAUACGGUCUUGUAGACUUUUAUGGUUAUGUUAUCAAACUUUAUAGAUAUGCAUAUAUUAAAAAAAGCUCAAUUUGCGCGAUGCAUAUUGGCACUUUCUAGAGUGACCGAAUAGCUAUAAUUUAUGCUCGUGAGUAUGGUGUAGUUCGGAAUGACAGGAGACUGUUCAGAUAAAAAACAGGGUAUUGGCUAAUAACAAGAAAUUAUAUAUACGUUCCCAAGUAAAAACGCAAGCAACGCCCUUGGGCUAAAGGGGCCCAACGAAAGAUAAAAGAGCAAAACUCGUGAGAUUAUACAUAAUAGAAAAAGUUUAUGGAUCAAAAAGCUACCUCUUCAUCCAGGGAGAAAUGAAAGAAAAAGAACAGCCAAUUGGGUGAUACUCUAUAGUUUAGAGCCUCCGGGAUUGGGAAACGCUAGGGGCCUCGGGUUCCCAAAUGUAUCACACGGGUUGAAGCGCCAUCUACCCGAGUAUCGCCAUUCGAGAAUAUACUUCGACAAGUACUUAAUCGGGGCUGGGAUCGGGGGGAAAAGCCGAGAGUCCCCGUCCAUUUUGAAUGUGGAAUCGAUGCAGCCGAGCAUCAGGGGUGCGUCUCUGUUAAAUCGGAAAAUCAACAUCGGGAUAAAAGACCGAAAGGGAUAUUCAUAUCAUAAGAGAGGGGCGGAAAAUAAAGGAAUCUGCAUACUGGAAUACGUCAAGAUCCUUCUGCGCUUUCUUCCCAGUAUCGCUCCACCAUUCCUCCAACUUUUUUGAGUCAUAUUUCGCAAGAUCAAGAAGCGUCCGGAUCUCUCCGACCAGAUGUUUAUGAAGCACCGGAAACAUAAUAUCCAUGAUCUCCUGUAAUCUCUUGCCAUCGUACGAUUUGGCAUCCGUCUCGAAAACAAAUUUGCGGAACAUCUCAAGGCCUUCAUCAAAGUCCUUGUGUUCCUGUAUAUUCUGGUCCAUGAUAUCUUGGACCCCCGUCAACUUUACCAGGCUCGGGAAUGAGAUCUCCUCUUCCACAUCGUGGUGAGUUUUGAUGCUUUUAUAUAAACCGCGGUUAUAUAGGAGGAAAUCGCUCGCGUCGACAGUGUCCAGUUUCACGGCGAGGCACUGGUUAUACGAAGCGUUGAAGCCGCGGAUGAUCACGUUGUGUAGGUUGGCCAUGUUUUGCGCAGCGGUAAUGGCAAAGUGGCCAGGGGGUAUAUCAGAGCGUUCCUUGUAGCCAGUUUCUGAAAUCAGGCUCAUCGGUGUAUCUGCCCAUGGUUUUGCCAUGUUUGGGUCGUCUAGCAAAAAUUAAUUCAAACAAUCAAUAACUGAGCUUGAAUAAAGCUAUAAAAAUGAAUUAAAUAUCCAAGUGGUAAGCAAGGGAGGCCAAAAGAUGGGAUUAAGAAUUUUCAAUGUCUUGUUAUUCGAAGUUGAGACUUUCGAACAGACAUAUUAACAGGACAUAUAUUUGCACGCGAG